AUGGCCGAAUCAGGCAGUUGGCAGCGCUACAACCGAGAUGCUUCAAUAUCUAUUACAGUGUUGGGUGUUUUCUUCGUGGGACUGCGAUUUUCCUCGAGGCAUUUGGGAAAGGUGCCUCUGGGGUUAGAGGAUGCGCUGAUUGUGGCUGCGUUGGUAUUGGUAAAAUACGGUCUUGGGCUACACCAAUCCACUAUCCCCAUAGAUGACAUUAUAACCAUCAACAAACUCCUACUCCCCGCAGAAGUAUUCUACUGCACGUCUCUCAUCCUCACCAAAACCUCCAUCCUAGCAAUGUAUCACCGGAUCUUCCACAUCCAUCAGCCCACACGCAUAGCCGUGUAUGUCCUGGGAGCGAUCACGAUCAUCAGAGCUGUAUCCCUGAUUAUUGCCUCCAUCUUCCAAUGUAUUCCUGUCGCUCGGGCAUGGGACAAAUCUUUCCCGGGACGGUGCAUUAAUCUAAAGGACACAUUCAUCGCGAAUGAUGUCGUAAAUGCUACCACUGAUGUAAUCAUUCUGGGGCUUUUGAUCGGCAGAGUAUGGAAAGUGCAGGCUAAGUGGGGGGUUAGAAUUAGUGCGGUAGGGAUGAUUUCUUUGGGGGGCUUUGUGAUUUUCACGAGCAUAUAUCGCAUCAUCACGCUAGUCGAUGUCAACUUCGAUGACUUAACAUACACAUUGGGCCGAUCCAACGCAUGGUGCGUUAUUGAAGUAUCUUCGGGAAUUAUAUCUGCUUGUCUCCCAACUCUGCGUCCGCUGGCAAGGGCUCUGUUUCCCGGAAUAUUCAGCAGAAAACAGUCCUCUCAAGAACCGGGGAAUUCAAGCUACCCUAAACCAGGGAAUGGUGGGUUAUUAGGUGAUUCUAGCAGAGACAGAGUGUAUAAGAGACCAGAUGUAGGUGUGGAGUCUGAUGGGGAUGAGUACCCAUUGACGGUGGUUAAGGUGAGAGGGAGGGUCGAAGAAAUCGGGUUUCAAUAGCGACUGGGGAAUAUGCUGAGCGAGGUUAUUGUCCAUCAC